AUGCUUUCACUCUCUAAUCUUGCUCUUUUCGUGGGCAUUCUGGCCAGUAUUCCUUCCGUGAUUGCGGGUUUCAAUUCGGCCUCGCAGACCAACAUUGCUGUGUAUUGGGGGCAAAACUCAUACGGUCAGGGAACCGGAGCUUUUGUACAGCAACGCCUCUCUUAUUAUUGCGCAAAUACGGAUAUUGAUAUAAUUCCGCUGGCAUUUCUAGUUUCUAUGAAUACGCCAGUUCUCAAUUUCGCAAACCAAGGAGACGUAUGCACGGUUACUGUAGGAUCUACCCUAUUUUACUGCUCAGAACUCGAAGCCGACAUCACUACGUGCCAAAAGAAAUAUGGCAAGACGAUUCUGCUUUCCAUUGGUGGAGCCACUUACACCGAAGGCGGUUUCACUUCAACUGCAGCUGCCAUCACCGCUGCGAAUAAUGUUUGGUCAUGGUUUGGACCCUAUAGCUCAUAUGUAGUCCGACCAUUUGGAACGGCAGUCGUUGAUGGUUUCGACUUUGACUUUGAAAGCACGGUAUCAAAUAUGCCAGCAUUUGCGAAUCAGCUCCGCUCAUUGAUGAAUGCCAAUAAAUCCAAAACGUGGCUUCUAUCCGCCGCUCCACAAUGUCCCUAUCCCGACGCGGCAGAUGGACCGAUGCUCAAUGGAGCAGUAUCAUUCGACAUUGUCUGGGUACAAUUCUACAACAAUUACUGCGGCAUCCAAUCUUUUGUCGCCGGCACAGCCACCCAAAAUAACUUCAACUUCGCUACAUGGGAUACGUGGGCCAAGACCAUAUCUCUCAACCCCAAGGUCAAAGUCAUGUUGGGUAUACCCUCCAAUAUCGGCGCUGGUGCUGGUUAUACGUCCGGUACUGCCCUUGCAAACAUCAUCGCAUAUUCUAAAAGCUUCUCAAGCUUCGGCGGUAUAAUGAUGUGGGAUGUGAGUCAACUAUACGCAAAUACUGGAUUUCUCAACACGGUCAAUAAGGAUCUUGGGAAUCCACCGGUGACGGUACCGGUUACUACGACCACGGUUCCAGUAACCUAUCCUACUCCUCCUCCUACGACGACGACAACUCCAGGAUCAACUCUCACAACUGUCACAACAACGAGUGCGAGCGCCACUUCGACUGGUGGUGCUGGAAUUGUCAAUGAGUGGAAUCAAUGUGGCGGACAGGGUUGGAAUGGUGGAACUGUUUGUGUUGCCGGUACGACUUGUGUGGCAUACAGUAUUUGGUACUCGCAAUGUAACCCCUCUUAG